AUGCUCUAUAGGCUGGGAACUGAAGAAGUCGGACUUCACACAAACUUCCUCGGGACUCUGGCGACGCUGCUCUUCGAUGCAGAAGAGGCGCAGAAUGCUGCCAUGAAUGAAGUCCGGACAAACGCUCAACGAAUUUCUGCUCUUGAGGAGGAUCGGCAGUGGCUGUGGUACCAAAUAAAAGAGAUCCGAGGAAAAGGUGGCAAUCAAGAGAAAAAAAUCGGGAUUAUGCUGGAAGAGUAUAACAAGACCAAGGCAGUCGUGGAAUCAGUGGUCGGCGAGCAGCAGAAACGGCGGGUACACGACAUGGAGGAGAGGUCUGCGAGACUAAAACGCACGAUGGAAAGGCGCCUGGCACGGGCUGCGGCGGCCCGAAAGAAGCUACUAAACGGCAUACAGCAGAUGAACAUCCAACAAGAUAAAGACUUUGCAACCUACCAACAGGCUAACGAGACAUCCGAACAGGAACUCUUAGAAAUGCGGCUGAAGACACUGGCAUCAAUAUCCACGUUCGCUACGCUAGCGCCUCCUUUGCCGCCUGGAGCAUCACGAACAGCUCUUGUGGAGUUGUACGAGGCGACUAUGUCCGAUAGUGUACAAGCUAAGGGAAUACAAGCAAAUGAAGAUCUUUUGAGUCUGGAGGAAAGCUGCCGCGCGCAACUACUGCAAAUCAGGGGAGACAUACGAGAUUUCUCAAUCCUCAUAAGACUCGCAGAGAGCAGCUACCUGGCGCUCGAUGAUGAAUGCACCCAACUGUUUGGGUCAAGCAGCGGAGAUUCAAUGUCGGGUUUCAUGAAUAAGACUACUAUAGCUGACGAAGCGGCGCUAGAACGCGGAACAAAACAGUUCUGGAAAACGACAAACCAGCUAGAGCUGUUGGAUGCUUUACAAGCUCUGAAUAGCCGCCCCUUCAUAACAUCGGUGACAGAAGAUCUCGGUGAAUUUUCUGUGGAAUUUCUGAAAAGCGGAAGUAAUGGAGGACACAAGGACGAUUCACGCCUUUCCCUGACUGGGGAAUCGACAGAAAAUCUGAAACAAGGGUUGCUGGAUCAGUUUGACACCAACAUUCGGCAGGUUACCGAAGACCUGGAAGAUGCAAGGCUAAAAGCACAGCUCCAGAUGCAGAAUCGCCUUGCGGCUCGGGCUGCGAGAAGGCAAAAGGCGUCGACUGAAGCUUCAAACAAGGGUUCCACACAGACUGGUCGUGCGGAACUGGAGGCAGAAUGGAGAGCGAAAAAAAGAGCAUUUAUGGAGCAGCUGCUGAAACGAAGAACGGAGGAGCGGUUGAUCGGCCGAGCACGGCAAGGAGACGUCGAUCUACGAAAGGCAAUGGAGCUACGUCAAGAUCAGGAACUUGAUGACCUUGCAGCUCUUCAUCUGCAGGAGAAGGUAGCAGUAGUUCUGCUAGAACGGGAUAUCAAGAAGGCUGAACUCGAAGCAGCGCACGGCGUAGGCGAACUGCGCGAUGGGACUCCGGACGAAACAGAAGCAGAAACAACUGCACGACUUGCAUCGUUGGAAGAGGCCAAUCAAGGUAUCGAGGUUUCGCUUCGGGAAUAUUUGGACCUUGUGAUGCGGCGGGUCUCCGAGGAGCAUACGGUGGAAUAUGAUCGGCUUAAGUGCGAGCAUGCGGAUCAGAUGAGGGAGCAGUUUCACUAUUCCGAGGACGACAGCCGCUUCACCAAGCUAGCAGACAUCCUGGACUGCAAUGCCAGAGUUAAUGCCAGGCUGAAGGAGAUUGAGCUGGAGCAAGCAAACAACAUGCAACAGAAGAUGGAGGAAAUCAAGAGGGAGUUGACUUACGGCGCGGCAAACCGCAGGCAACAAAAAACUUCCGGAGAAGAUGCAGCACAGCAAGACAGGCAACGGGCAAACGAGUGGCGGGCAAACAUGGCUAGCAAGCGGGUGCAAUCGUUGGGAAGACGCUCCCAGCUGCGUGCCAGUGGUGCCCAUACAGAUGCCCUUCUUACUUUACUGAGGCAGAAAAUGGACAGACUUUGGGAAGCUCUUGAAGAAGAGAGAGUCCGGCAACAGACUGAGUUAGCGAUGAAGGUGAAACAGAAGCAGGUCGCAAGAAUGGCGAAGUUCGGCGACAUCCAGGGUCACCAGCAGGAAAAGAGGAACAAGCGAUUGACUGCGAGGGUUAACAGACUGAAAGACAUUGCAGCAAAGAGAACUCUGUGGAAGCAGCAGAAGCAAAAAGGGAACCCUGAACGGCAGUUUAGCCCUUUAGUCCAGCAUAUAAUCGAGGAAGAGCUUCUUUCGGAAAGCCUACGGCAGUUCAAAGAAGAAAACGUUGUUCAGUUUCGCGGCCGGUUCAUGCGGCUUCUCGGUCAGCUGGAGUUGAGUCUACGCGGUGCAGUCCUGCCCAGUUUCCUGGCUGAGCUGCAUUCCGUUGGCAAAUGCACUGCUUGUACAUCACAACUCGUCAGAGACGCAACCAUCGCAGGCAGGGGACAGAACAACAGGAUGAAGGCAGCUGCUUCCGAGAGCAACCUUACCAGCGUUUCCAGUAGAAGCUCCAGCGUCGACAGAGGGAACAGUGAUGGGUACAGCAGCGACCACUCAGCAGGAGGCGAAAACAGUAAUUCUGAGAGUGUUAGUGGCGGCAGCACCAGCAGUGAAAGCAGUAGCGAUAACAGUAGCAGCAGUGAAAGAAGUAGCGAUAACAGUAGCAGCAGUGAAAGCAGUAGCGAUAACAGUAGCAGCAGUGAAAGCAGUAGCGAUAACAGCAGCAGCAGUGAAAGCAGCAGCGGCACCGGAAGCAACAGCGGAAGCAGCAGUAGCGGACACAGCAGCAGUAGCACCAGUAGCAACGGCGAGAGUGACGUCAGUGGGCACGAGGAUGGCGGGAGCACUAGCAGCGAUGAAGACAACAGCGGCAAUAGGAGCUCGACAAGCACUACAAGCAAAAGAAGAGACAGUCGAUCCUCCUCCUGA